AUGGCUGCUGGAAAGAAUAGUGGGUUAGUGAAGAACACUGCUGGAUCUGGGUUGCAACCCAAAGGUGGCAUUUUUAAGAAAAAGAUUGAGAAGAAAGCUAACAAUAAUCUGAGCUUUAAGAAUAGGAAAGAUUGUAUUAAGAAGAAAACAAUGGAGCUAUCUGUCCUCUGUGAUGUUAAGGCCUGUGCUGUGAUUAUAGGACCAGAUGGGAAGUUGGAGACUUGGCCGGAAAAUAGUUCCGAUGUUAUUGAAUUGAUUCGGGCUUUUCAGAAAUCUGGUUCGAAAGUGUCGAUUCCUGCGAGAAAUUUGGUGAAGAAAACUGAAAAGCAUCAGGCGGUGUCCGUUGAAAAGCAUCUAGGUAUCCUGGAAAAUCAAAAGAUUCAAGCUUUAAGUUGUUCUGAGGAAAUUGAAGAUCAACGCAGGUUAACUCUUAAUCAGUACCAGGAACAGGGGGAAUUUGGCAGCUUUUUAUCAAUGUUGAAUGACGAUGAUCAAGAAGAAGAAGGAGAAUUUGCUUCAAUGUUAGAGGAUCAGUUGUUGGCAUAUGAGCAACCUUCUCCUUCUGUCCAUGAAAAAAGAGAACAAGGCAGGGUUACUUUGUAUCAAGGACAUCAAGAAUUAGCCAGCUUUUCGGCAUCGUUGAAUGUUGAUGAAAAAGAAACGGACUUUGCUGCUAUGUUGGAAGAUCAGUUGUUGGCUGAUGAGGAGUCUUCUUCCCCUUCUGUAUGUGAACAAGAAGAACAGCCUAUGAUUUUGUCUCAAUCAGAGCAGCCGCAGAAUUGUGAUGAUCAGGAGAUAGGGACAGUUGAGGACUCAAAUUUUCCUAGAGAAAAGCAAUUGGAAUUUCCUAUGGUUAAAGUUGAUGAUGAAGAACUUGAAUUCGACGGAAAGUGGUUCAAUUUGGAACCUUUAGAGUUCAGCUGGAGUUCCUUUGAUCAGCAAACACCAAUGGAAAAUAAUCUGCAAAUUGAUGAUUGGCUGAUUGGAUGUCUGCCUGUGUUCAACAUGGAUAUGGUUUAG